GGAAUUAUACUUUCAUUAUCUAGUCUGGAUUAGCAGCAUGGUAUGGGCAAUCAAUAAGUAAUGUGUGACCGCCGGAGUCUAAAUCCUAUUGCAAUACUCUCAAGACCUCCCAUGAAAGAAAGAAGUUGUUCUCUCUGCCCUACGAGACGCCAAAGUUUUUUAAAGCCCGAUCGUCUGGCCCGAGUAAACCAGAAGAAGCAGCCACUGCAAAAGGCAAAGCUCAAGCACGCACCGUCGAAAUCGCAUUCGAAUCGAAUAGCAUUGAGUCCUGCGCCUCCAUCGAGCACGACGAGCGCCCCUACGAGAGCGUCAGGCCGAUGCAAAUGGCUUGUCCGCUUUCGACCUUUUGGCGUCGCCCUUUUGCAGACAAUUGUCGCGUUUCGCCAGAUGGCGCCAACGCACGGGAAUGAUCGAUCCGAUGUGCAGCAUGCUCGAUUGCGCUUUUGCGAGCUUCUCCGUCGGCACUCGCUCCCUCGAAAGCUUUCCAUCUUUCCUCUUUUUUUGGGUGCUGCUGCUUUCCUCGAGUUCCCGUGGGCCCCGCUCGCCUCUGCUUUUCAAUGUCGCGGGCGAAUCAUAUUGCUGCAGGCCACAGGGAGCUUCUCCCUCCCCAUAGGAUCGAGUCAAUCGAGUGGGAGCACCGCAGCCCGGGCGAUCCAAGAAAUGGGGAAUUUCGCGAAUAUGCGAUGAUGGCGAGGUGGGGAUCCGAGUCAGGCCGAUGAGUUUCUCGAGUGGCCGAAGCCCUGGGCUACCUACCGAGAGCCGCCUUUAGCAUGGCUGCCCAUGGGCGCAUGUCUGCCUUUCCCAUUCUAUCUCGAAUAGUGAUGACAUUCUUCACGCCACCCUCGGCACCUUAUCCUCUCCUCCCCCGCAGCAAGUGCUGCUUGCCACCCAAAUUUCCACUGCCGUAUCUCGCGUUCUUGUCCCGUACUUGAAAAACUACCCUCAAUGCGAAACUCUUCUAACUGUCCGUGUCCAGAGUCCUGCAUCGAGUGCUGCUGCUGCUGCUGCUCGUCGAUCGUCGCCACAUUUCCUUCUGGGGCCGGCUUCGUGUGUGUUUUCUUGAUACGAAGGUCGAAGAUAGGUCGAGGGAGGGUCCGGAUGUUGUUGCUUCCGUGCGCUCGGUAGAGUCAGAGUGCUGCUCCGAAAUCGGACGAGGACGAGAGGGAGAGAGAAUCGACUUGUCGGACGGAGAAAUCGGUCGAGGAGGAACGAUGGAGGCCGUGGGAAGAGCAGCAGCGCUCCAGUCGCAGUGCGUGGUGGCCGUGGAGAGAGUGAGCGCCGCAGCGGGGCCGGUGCCUUUCCGCGCUUCGACUUCGUCGGCGGAGUGUUGCUGCUCCCUCAGGUCGCGCCUCGGUCUCGCAGGCAGCGGAUUGUCGCAGAGGAGCAGACGAGCUUCGAGAUUGUGCGUUUCGACCCCGAGGCCCAAGGGCGGGCGGUCGUCUCGCGCUCCGCCUUCUGCUGCCGCGCCUUCUGCUCCGGUUGCAAUCUUGCAAGAAGAGCCUCUGUUUUCGAGCAUCGAGGCGCACGAUUUGGAGAGAGAGUCCCCGGCUUUGCUCGCCCAAUGCGCCGACAUGGACUGGAGACGGCUGGUCGAUGAGUUGCAUUCGCAGGCGCUGCAUUCUCUGGAGUCCGCGGGGCCGAAAGCGCUGCAUCUUCGCAAACUCGAGAAGGAGAUGAACUCGUGGAUACACGAUAGCAUGGCGGAAGACAUCGAUGUCCCACUCGGAGGUCCCGCGAUGGAGGAUAUGGGGUGGAGUUAUGAAUCUGCUGCAGAGGAGCUGCGCAUGCAAGCCAAUUUGCAGGCAGCUCAACAUCUGGCCAGAGGCGUCGACACAUCUUUCGACUGGGAGAACGAGGCCGCCGAGCUUCACCGAAGAGUUUUCACCUAUGGGGGAGCCGAGACUCCUGAAGCCAUGAAGCCAGAGCAGCGCCUGCUGCAUGCUUGGUUUCAGUUCCAGGGCGAGGAAGUGGACUCGUCCUCACUUCUGGCGCAGGAAGCGCUUUCAUCCAUUUCCACAGUCGACGCUCAGGACUGGCAACUUCUCGGCUGUGAGGACGAAGAAGAUUCGGUCUGCCUGCUCGAGCUGCAGAAAGUGUCCUCUGCCUCUUCUGACGACAAAUCGACCUUGCGAGACAAGUCCUGGCUCGGUCUCGGAGCAGCUCUGGCUGCCAGCAUCGGACUGCAGGGAGCAUCUGCUAUGGAUGCCAUGGGAUUGGAGUCUGUACUUAGCAUUCAGCCGAAUCCAGAGUCCGCGGAGGCAGCAUCUAGAGCUCCUUCGUGGCUUGUCCCCACGGUAUUGGCUUUCCCUGUGGUUUCUUAUUUUGCUUUCAAUUUAUACCGCGAUAAGUACAAUCCGAGAGCCAAAGUUACGGACUGGAUGUUCAGCGUCGUCACCGUGGUGAUUGUGGCCAACAUCGUCCUCAUGGCUACCUUAGGAGUGCGGCUCUACUGAUUAAUCAGAGUGUAGCUCGCACUCUGAUCGAUACCUCACCUCGUGCGUUGUGUAGUUAGAAAUUGUAAAUCAGAUGUACAGUCUACGAAAGGAUCUUAGAUGAUUGCACCAUAGGUCAUCUUUAGCUCUGAAGCAAGAGAAAGUGUCCGGGCGCAUCUGCGAAGUAUUAUCGCAAUAGCGCAAAUCAUUUGGUAUAAUACUCGAUGAAUGUCUUGAAGGAACUCUGUAAAUUGUAGAAAUCACGCCUACAUUCCGGAGACUCGGAAAUGCAAUGAUGUAAUUCAACUCCCGCAAGUGGACAACGGUGGGUGGCCGGAGGUCCAAAAUUUUGGAGGAAAUGAAACACAGAGCUUCAACCGUCCGAUCGGGAUGUACGAAGUGCUCCUUGCUGGACAAAAUUCUUCUGUUCCUAAUCAUGUUUUGCACGCC